AUGCUCGACGGAAAUUCAUCCGUUCUUUCUCACCGGUUGCAGAAUGCCGGCCUAUUGCUUCUCAGCCUCAUUUUCCUUCCCAUGGAUACUUUCAUUCUCAUUGCUUCUCUCUUGCUUGCAGUUGUCCUCCCAAGCCAUGCAGGCCGCACUCGUCGACAUUCUGAUGCUUCCGCCUCUAGUCCUCGAAUAAUUCUCGUUACUGGAGUGGGUAUGACAAAAGGCCUGGCUCUGGCUAGAUUAUUUUACCAAGCUGGACAUGUCGUUAUCGGGGCCGAUUUCGAGCCAAAUGGAGCUCUUGUCUGUGGAAGAAUGUCCAAAGCAUUAUACAAAUUCUACCGUUUACGGAAACCAACGACGAAGGCUGGGUCGGCACCCUAUAUUCAGAGUUUAUUGGAGAUAAUCACGAAAGAAAAGAUUGACCUCUGGGUCAGUUGUUCGGGGGUAGCGUCUGCUGUCGAGGAUGGAACGGCAAAAGAGAUAGUCGAAAGUCGGACAAGCUGCAGGGCUAUCCAAUUCGACGUCGAUACCACCCAAACACUUCACGAAAAGCACACGUUCAUUGCUCAUACCAGGGAAAUUGGUCUUAAUGUCCCGGAGACGCACGAAGUCUGCAGCCGUGCCAGAGUUGAAUGCAUCUUGCGCAACGCUCCUCCUGGACGCCAGUACAUCAUGAAGACGGUCGGCGUUGACGAUGCGGCUCGUGGAGAUAUGACGCUCCUCCCCAAGAGCACACCAAUGGAGACCUCGAAGCAUAUCGCAAAGCUAAAGAUCUCGGCCGAUUCGCCUUGGAUCUUGCAGCAAUUCAUCAAAGGCAAAGAAUAUUGCACACAUUCACUCGUGGUCAAUGGACAGGUGAAGGCUUUUGUGGCUUGUCCUUCUGCAGAGCUACUCAUGCAUUACGAGACAUUGCACCCUACUUCUGCCCUGAGCAAAGCAAUGCUAGAUUUCACCAGUAAAUAUGCUGCUAAUGGCGGCCCGGCUUUCACGGGCCACUUAUCCUUCGACUUUAUGGUGGAGGACUCCGCGAAAAUAACGCUCUAUCCAAUCGAAUGCAACCCGCGAGCUCACACAGCCGUGGCACUAUUCAAUGGUACCUCUACGAUGAUUGAUGGGUACCUCUCAGUACUGGAAAAAUCUCCUGCAGCGCAAACCUCGGCGAUAGCUCGACCUUUACACAAUGACAAGUAUUAUUGGAUCGGUCAUGACUUAGUGACACGAGUACUCCUUCCAACGUUUGGAUUUCUGUCCCUUCAAAAUACUUUCCGCGACCUUGUCCGGAACAAUGUCGAUUUCACGACCCAUCUCCUGACCUGGAAAGACGGAACAUAUGAGAUCUGGGACCCCUUGCCUUGGUGGUGGCUGUAUCAUGUGUAUUGGCCAAUGCAAUUCUUCUCUUGUAUCUGGACUGGCUCAAAAUGGAGCCGCAUCAAUGUCAGCACAACCAAAAUGUUCCAAUGCUAG